CUAAAGAACAAUAUAUUUAAGCUUUAAACAGCAAUGGCAGCCCUUAGUUCUAGCAACUCUUUUGCAUCCACAUUUGUCCUCUUUGUCUUGCUCUUCACUUUUUUGCCUGCAUUUAGUAAUGCACAAUUGUCAUCCACUUUCUACAACACUAGAUGCCCACUCGCUCAAACUGCUAUUAACUCUGCCGUGUUACAAGCAGUUGCUGCUGAACGUCGCAUGGCAGCAUCACUCAUUCGCCUCCACUUUCAUGAUUGCUUCGUUCAGGGUUGUGACGCGUCCAUCUUACUCGAUGAACAAGCUUCCGCCACUAGCGAAAGAGAUGCACUACAAAAUAGAGAUUCUGUGAGAGGUUUCGAGGUAAUCGAGUCGGCCAAAGCCACCUUAGAAGGACUAUGUCCUGGAGUCGUUUCUUGUGCUGACAUUCUAGCAGUUGCAGCGCGAGAUGCAUCAGCUGCGGUUGGCGGUCCAUCAUGGACUGUGAAACUAGGAAGAAGAGAUUCAACCACCGCUAGUCGAGAUGAAGCUGAAAGAGACUUACCCUUGUUUACUAGCACUCUUCAGGAGCAUAUAUCCAAUUUUGCUGCCAAGGGUUUGAAUACAAGAGAUUUGGUAGCUUUAUCAGGUUCACAUACAAUAGGUCAGGCACAAUGUUUUACCUUCCGUGAUAGAAUAUACGACGAUGGAAGUGACAUUGAUGCAGGAUUUGCUGCUACAAGAAAAAGUACUUGUCCUGCAGCUGCUGGAAAUGGUGACAGCAAUUUGGCACCUCUUGAUCUAGUGACACCAACUUUGUUUGAUAAUGUUUACUUUAGAAAUUUAAUUGAAAAGAAGGGUCUUCUUCAGUCCGAUCAAGUACUUUUUAGUGGAGGCUCAACUGAUAGUAUUGUGCGAGAAUACAAUUCAAAUGCUGUGACCUUUCGGGCUGACUUUGCAAAUGCCAUGAUCAAAAUGGGAGAAAUUAGUCCACUAACAGGUGAAGAUGGUGUCAUUAGACGGAUUUGCAGAUCACUCAAUUAAAAGUUUGGAGUUUAUCUACUUAAAUUUUAGCCUAUCUAUUAUAUGUUGUUUUCUCGGCGACAAUUCGUCUUUGUAAGAUUUUAAGAUUGUGAAGUAGUUUUCUCGGCGACAAUUCGUCUUUCUGAGAUUGUAAGAAUGUGAAGUAUGAUGCCACUUUUUUCAAAA